GUAGAUCCGCCCGGCUUUUACCUUUCUCCUUCGGCUUCCCUGCGCGUAGGGCUGGUAGCGGGGCUGUUUCCUGGUCUCGCAGAAAGAGGCAGUGCUGAGUUAGGAAGACAAAAAUAGACCUUUACAGAGAAAUAUAGGGAUUGUGUGCGCGGUGGGGAGGGAGAGCGGAGAGCGGCACCCGGCUGGUUUCCAGGAGGAGCCCUUUUCUCCCUCUCGUUGCAUGUUAGGCAUUUUUGCACAGCUUUCUCCCCCCACCCCCUCCCCGCCGGGGCAGGGUUACCUCUGCCGCCUGCUCUCCGCAUCUCUGGUGGGGAGCGAAGCAGCCAACUCCGCUGCGAUCGGAAAGCGGCCAGAGACCAUUUUAUGUGAGCGAGCCGGGUGGGAAGAAGCGGAGAGAAGCCGUCGCAGGGACACACACGGAUAUAAAGACUUGUCUUCUGCCUCCCCCCCCACUCCCCUCCCCUUGUAAAUACUAAAUCUGAGAAGGCAGCGAUUUGACAUCCACCCUGAGCAGCGGCUAUGGGGUGUUUGGGCAACAGCAAAACGGAGGAUCAGCGUAUCGAUGAGAAAGCGCAGCGAGAAGCCAACAAAAAAAUAGAGAAGCAGUUGCAGAAAGAGAGGCUGGCUUAUAAAGCGACACACCGCUUGCUGCUGCUGGGGGCUGGUGAGUCAGGAAAAAGCACUAUUGUGAAACAAAUGCGAAUCCUACAUGUCAAUGGAUUUAAUUCAGAAGAAAAGAAACAGAAAAUACUGGAUAUUCGGAAAAACGUUAAAGAUGCGAUUGUGACUAUAGUUUCAGCUAUGAGCACUUUAAUACCCCCAGUUCCAUUGGCCAACCCAGAAAACCAAUUUCGAAUGGACUACAUCAAGAGUAUAGCUCCUCUUUCUGACUUUGACUAUACACAGGAGUUCUUUGAACAUGCAAAAAAGCUCUGGGAUGAUGAAGGUGUAAAGGCGUGCUUCGAGAGGUCAAACGAAUAUCAGCUGAUUGACUGUGCACAGUACUUUUUAGAAAGAAUUGACAGCGUCAGCAUGGAUGACUACACACCCACAGAUCAGGACCUAUUAAGAUGCAGAGUGUUGACAUCAGGGAUUUUUGAAACAAGAUUUCAAGUAGAUAAAGUAAAUUUCCACAUGUUUGAUGUAGGUGGCCAGAGGGAUGAGAGAAGAAAAUGGAUCCAAUGCUUUAAUGAUGUCACAGCUAUCAUCUUCGUUGUGGCUUGCAGUAGCUACAACAUGGUAAUAAGGGAAGACAAUAACACAAACAGACUACGGGAAUCCCUGGACCUUUUCAAAAGUAUCUGGAAUAAUAGGUGGUUACGGACCAUUUCUAUCAUUUUAUUCUUGAAUAAACAGGACAUGCUGGCUGAAAAAGUCUUGGCAGGGAAAUCAAAAAUUGAAGAUUACUUUCCUGAAUACGCGCAUUAUACUGUACCUGAGGAUGCAGUACCAGAGGCAGGAGAAGACCCCAAAGUCACAAGAGCCAAGUUCUUCAUCCGGGAUGAGUUUUUAAGGAUAAGUACAGCGAGCGGAGACGGCCGGCACUACUGCUACCCACACUUCACGUGCGCGGUGGACACGGAGAACAUCCGCAGAGUGUUCAACGACUGCCGAGACAUCAUCCAGAGGAUGCACCUCCGCCAGUACGAACUCUUGUGAGGGGAUCACCGUGGAACCUGUGGUUUUAAAUUCUUUGCUCCUUACUCUUUCUCUUGAUACUACCCCACACAGGGUGGAAGAAUAUACUAUAGAAAUGUCAGUCUCUUCACUUUGUUUACUUUUAAUUGUUUAACCUUAAAGCUGAUUUGAAGCAAGUUUGGGUUAUUUUCCCUUCAUGCUUUUUGGGACUAUUUUUGUGCUUUAUUUUGACAUGCCACUUCUUCGUCAUUCCACUAAGCCCUUUGGCUACCUCUGUUCCCUUAGGUUUUUGUUUUUUUAAAACUGAACGUGACCUGCUAAAUUUUUUCCAGUGGGUUAACCUCAGUUCAGACCGGUAUGUCAUCUGGAUGACACUGAAGUCAUACCUAUCCCUCUGUGUGGGUUUCCUUUUUAACAUGACAUUGAAGAGUACUUGAUGGGUGAAAAAAAAGAUUAAUGCACUUUGUAUCAGGUUAUUAAAUACUGUUGAGGAAGUAGACACACAAUGUAGCAGCACCACAAUAUUUAUUACUCUGUCACAGUUUUUAGCAUUUCUGAGUUGCAGGUCAACUGAUAAAGUGACCUCCUCUUUUAAGCCGUUACUGGCACAGGAAGUAGAGUAGAUAAUGAGAGGAACAGUGAAGACAAAGCAAUUUUUCUGGGGUUUUGGAGCUAAGUGUCUCUGCACACCUCAGGCAUUUGAAUUACAGCUACUUUUCAGCCUGUUGCAUCUAGGCAGAAAAUUUACCACCCUCACUUAUGUUAUUUGUGCUGUCCACAAAUGAUCCUUUUAGUUCCGAUCAUUCUUGGACAACAGUCCUCUCCCUAUAUAUAUUUUUUUGUUUUACUGCUGGUUUAUUAUAUUGUACAGACUGUAAAAUGUAAUAUUAUUUUGUACAACUUUAUUGAAGAAAAAUACUUGUAGAAGAUCUUUGUGCCUUGAUUAUGGCUGUACCUGUAAAAUGAGCUAAGAUGUAAGUAUGUUUUUGAUUGCGCUGUACAGCUUGAUGUCAACCUUACCUGCAGCAGUGACUGGAGGUAAGAACUUUAUCUGUAGAGUUUAGGGGUUUUUUUCUGGUUUAUAUAAAAAUGCUCUUUAGUAUAAAAAUUAUAAAUUAUGCAAAUUAACCACUUACCUUUCCAAGUAAGGUAUUACAGUCACCGGAUGUUGCAGCAAACAUGCCUUUCUCUUUUGAAGUCUCAGCUUUAAAACAUUGGAAUUCAUUCAAGUGUCCAAAUUGCAACCUGGUGUUGUUUUAAUGGGAAACAAGGAUUUUUUUUUCUUUUUUCUCUCUUAUUUCUUUUUUUUGUUUUUGGUUUUGGUUUUUUUUGUCCUUUAUAUUUAGAAAAUAUGUUUGGUAAUUCUUUGGUCAUUCAUAGAACUUCACAAUUGCACAGACCGAUUGUGAAUGUGUAAAGCACCAUUCUAUAGAGCUCUUCAAUCUUUGUACCAACAGCGGCUUUCAUUGUGCAAGUAAAUAGCAAGAAAGAAGAUAAAAAAAGGUGUAUAAACCCUUGUGUCUGGCCUAAGAGAAUUACAAGAUGACAUUUUUAUUUCUCUUUUAAUAAAGAGACACAUUAGAAAAUUAUUUUAUUUUAAA